AUAAUGUUAUUCGCGAAAAUUUCAAAGCAGAGAUGUUAGAAAAAAGAGAUAGCAUUCAAGAUAUUGAAAUGGAACAACCAUUGCCGUCUAUUCCAAAAUCUCGUAAACGAAAAAUAAAAAAUUUACAGGAAAAUAAGAAUAUUAAGAUGCGCCUCCUUGAACAUCGGCCUGAAAAAUGGUCAGAACUUAAAGCAAAGGCCCUGGCGCAAAUAAACAUCAAGCCAAAGAAAUUUGAAUGUGCAAUUGAAAGUGAUAUUAGCAAAAUAGAAGAGCUUUGUAGUGAAUACAAAUACUGGGAUGCGAGGGAUCUCGCGCAUUAA